AUGGCCUCGGCGUGCGUCCGCCGCGUCCAGGAAGACUGGGGGGACAUAUCCCAGCUGUCUCGGCGGGUCUCGGCGCUGUGCAACGCGCUGAACGGGCCGCGGUCGUUGUUGGCGGUGUUCCCCACAAGAACGAGGCGGCGCCAGUGUGGUUCUCAAAUCCCUGAAGGUUUCAAGAGGAACGGCCGAGCGGCUAGCUCUGCGCGCAACGGACGGGCCUGUUGCAAAAACCCGGAGCGGCGGGCCGAGUUCUCACGCGGCACGCUCGAGGCCGAGAUGGUGGGAAGCGCCAUUGGGCCUCUCCGCCUCCUGCAAAUCUCAAGAGAAACGGCCCAGCGGUUGGGGAUCUGCGCGCAGGACGAGCGCACGGCCUGCGCGCAGGCAGAACGCGAUGCCGCGGUGGCACGGCUGCAUGCGGUGGCCAGCGCGUGGACGCAGGUCGCGGAGCACCUCGCGCUCGCGGACGCACGGGCGCAUGAUGCGCGUGCGGGGUUCACGAGGCUUGUCAGGGAGGGCGGCGGGCCGCUCGUGUUGGCGGAGGCGGCGCCGCAGCUGAGUGUGCGGUAUGAGGUGCUGCACCAGGGGGAGAACCGGGAGCGAAGGGAGAAGUAUGCCGCGGGCCAGUCCGGGGCCGCUCAACACGCCCCGCAUAUUAUUACGCAGCAGGCGCCCGUCCCCGGGCCAACAAGUUUGGGCAAGCGCCCCCGCGGAGAGCAUGGGCUACUCGCCUGUGUACGGGUACAAGAAGCCGAGAGAGGGGGACUACGAUUAUGGCGCCUAUUCCACUUCCACGCGGUCAAGCGCCGGGCACAUCCCGGCACCGCCGACGCGGCACGCGACACACCCGCAGCCCGAGCGCGCAGCCUACCCGCCCGAGCGGCAGCUCUCGCAGCCGCACCCCGGCGCGCACCGCGAGCGCUCGCAGUCUGCGCAGAGCGAGGACGUCGACGCGAUGCUGCUCGAGAGCGCGCGGGCACGCGCCGCGCGAGCGACUGGCGUGCGGGCCGGAGGGACAGCUCGAAGGACAACUACUACGCGCAACACGCGGUGCCCCCUCCACCAGUCCCCGCCGCGCAGCCUCAACCUCAGUCCGCCGCGCAGCCGCUCGCUGCGCAGCCCACGCUCCCCGCCCCGCUGACCACGCCCGCCGCGCCGGCACCCCCCGCGCCGGCCUUCCCGGCCACCAACGCGCAGAACCAGCGCAUCUGCCGGCAGUGCGGGAUGGCCGGCCGCUACAAGGACGGGAAGUGCGUCGAGAAGUGGGGGCCGGGCCCGCUCGGGCCGGGCACGGUGUGCGACCGCUGCCGCAAGAAGAUGAAGCGCGUCGAGCGACGCGGGACGGCGGAGGGCCUCGUCGGGAGCCAGGGGCAGAUAUUGCAGCCGCCGCCCGCACCACAGGCCCAGCAGCAGAGGGUGGCGAGGAGCGAUACGGUGCUGAAUGUUUCGCCGGGGCGCCCAGAGAGAGAGCGGCAUGCGCAUGCGCAUGGACAUGGGCAGGAGAGCGGGCUGCGGUCGUCGCUGUCCGGCCCGGCGCAGGCAAGGACGCAGCACCGGCCGAGCCCGCCUGCCCCGCCGGCGCACGUGCCUUCCCGGGCCGCGCACCGCGAAGUCCAGGCACCGGGGAUCCUGCCCCCGCUCGCGCUCUCGAUGGGCGGCGCGGCGCGCACGCGCAGCCCGGGCACGAUCGAGCACGGGGCGCGGCAUGGUCGGUCGCCGAAGCACCAGCGCGACCCGUACGCGGACGAGGAGGAGGAGGAGGAUGCGGAGGCGGAUGCGGAGGCGGAGACGGAGGAGGUGGACGAGAUCAACGACGACGGGGAGCCCGGGCCGGCCGCGGAGAUGGACAGCGAGCUGCUCGACGCGGUGGACGCGGCCGAGGGCCGGAGACGCUCCGUCGAGUCGCAUGCGAGCGGGUCGCGGUCUGGUUCGGGGCGCGAGGAUUGA